UGUGUUAUUAAAUUGAUAUAUUAGAUAUUUUAAGGAAAACACUUCUUGUCUUUCUUUAUUACUUAGUUAUAUAUAGGUAGUUAUUAAUUAAAUUAUCUCUAUGUAGAGUGCUCUGUAGCUUCAUUGAAUAAGCUGAAUGGCACCAAAAUUUGUAUGUAGGCUAUAUAAGGCAUGAGGAGAAGGAUUGCAUGAAAAAAUUUAGUUCCAAAAUGUUCUGAUAGGGUAAAUAUGCUGCUCUUCAACAUAUAAUACCAUAUGGAGGAACACAAAGAAAUAAAUGUAAAAUACAGUUUAAAAUUUUUAUUAUUAUAACCUGAAUAUCAUUUAUUGUUUAUUCAUGAUGUUGGAAGAUGUCUCUGAUGUUGUCUUAGUCAGAAAGUCCAUACAAUCAUGUAAUACACAUUAUGCUCAAAUUGCAGAAUGCAACCCAUUUGGAGAACAUGUUCUGUUCGUGUCCUUUAAGGCAGCUAGGUUAGGGUCACUUCCUCAAAUAGACAUUGAUUUUGAGGUGCCCUUAAAGCCAAAAAUCAUAUGAUAUAAGAUCAGGUUAUUAUGGCCAUGGUAGUUACUUUUUUCAUGGCAUGACCAUGAAAAAAGUAACUAAUUACUUUGUAUUCAGUAAAAUGAUUUCAUAAAAAUUGUCACAUUUAUCUUCUGAUAUAACUCUAUCUUGCUAGAAAUUGUUUCAUCCAGACAUAUUUGUUGCAGUUAUGGAAUUUCAAAGCUAUGUAGCAUGUGAAGAUAAUGUGCUGUAAUGGAACAGGUUACUGAAAUGUGAUAUGAAGCCAUACCAAACAAUGAUUUUCAACCAAUAUAGAGGAAUUUGGUGGAUAACAACUGGGACUUAAGUCCAUAUUUGUCAGUUUUGAGUGUUGACUGCCCCAAUUAAGAUAAAAAUGGGUUAUUCUCUCCCAACAAAACAAUGCUCCAUUGAAAGGCAUUGUCCACUUCCAUUCUGGUCUAAAACAAUAGAGUGACUCUCAGUUUUAUUUUCAAGAUCAUUUUGAAGAAAUUGGUGGUGGUGAUUGAUUUUGAAACGUUUAGAGUAUAGUAAGAAAAAGAAAGAUGUUGUAAUAUUACAUCAUUUUUCAAGAUCUGUUGGUAUACCAAGUUUAUCCCCAUUUGUUUUAAAAUUGGAGACCUACUUAAGAAUGGCUAAAAUCCCUUAUGAGAAUGAUUUUUCUGGUUCCUCAACUGGACCUAAAGGCAAAGUACCAUAUAUUACAUUAAAUGGAAUGGAAAUGGGUGACUCUCAACUUAUAAUUGAAUUUCUUAAUGAAAAAUAUAACAUUAAUCUCAGUUCAAAUUUAUCAAAUGAACAAAAAGCGAUUGCUAGGGCACUCAGAAUAAUGGCAGAAGAUCAUUUUUUCUGGUGUCUUGUUCUCUAUCGAUGGUUUUUUGAUGAUGAUUGCAAUGUGAUAAAAGCUACAACGUGGUCAUUUCCACUUCGUUUAUUGCUUAUUCCUAUUAUUCGACGAAUUUUAAAACGACAAUCUUGGAAUCAUGGUAUUGGGCGACAUACAGAAACUGAAGUUAUGGAUAUGGCAAGAAAUGACAUUUUAGCAUUGAGUGUUUAUUUAGGAAAUAAAAAGUUUUUUAUGGGAAAUGAACCAUCAGAAGUUGACUGUGCCUUAUUUGGAUUUCUCGCUCAGUUAGUUUAUACUCGGAUGCCAGAAUUUGAAAAAUUAAUAAAUGAGGAUAUGAAAAAUAUUAAAGAAUAUUGCAAAAGAAUGAAGGAACGUUUUUGGAGUGAUUGGAAUUGAUUAAUUAUUUUCUUGCAUUUUUUUAAUUUGAUAAAUUUAUCUAAAAUUAUACAGUUUCUAUUUAAAGUUUUAAUUUUAUGAUGAAAAUAAGGUAAAGUAUAUAAUAUUUUAUCUGACAUUGAAAGGAGAUGUAAUUAGACAUUUAAUAUAUUUGAAAUUGCAAUAGAACUUUGAUUUUGUGAACUUUAUAAAAAUGAACAAAUUAAAUAACACAUAGUAUAGAAAUUAAAGAUCAGUUGUUUCAUAAUUAGAAAAUAAUUUGCAAUAUAUAUUGUAUUAAUACAUGUAAAAAGUAUGUAAAUAUAUAAAAUAACAUAGUAAUAAAGUAAAAUAUGUACUUUAAUGAAGUGUGUAAAAUAAGAAGGGGCCAAACAAAUACUGUAUCAUGCAUAAAACUGGUAGUCCAUAAAAACAGGAAUUUACUA